AGGAAGUGGAACAGAUGUGAAGAAGGACCCUAAUAGUAAAUUAGGGAGCAGUCGAAUAGACUGGCGAAUUGUUUGAAGUUGUAGUUGAUUUCUUCGCACAAUGAAUAGUGUCCAUUUACUAAAGUAGUAGGCUAAGUGAUUUAUACCCGUAGUCGGUUUGGGUCGCUUGUCAGUUUCAGUCUGGCUGAACUGGCUCGAGAUGGCAGACGAGGCUCUCUUUCAGUUCCUGCACAGUGAAAUUAUUCAAUAUGUCAACAGUGCAGAAACUGGGGAAUCGGAGAAUGGACGAUGUGUUUCUAAACUUGAGAACAUGGGGUUUCGUGUGGGACAAGGACUUAUUGAGAGGUUUACCAAAGACACGCCACGUUUUAAAGAUGAGCUUGAUGUUAUGAAGUUUAUCUGCAAAGAUUUCUGGACCAGUGUUUUUAAGAAGCAAAUUGACAACCUGAGAACAAACCACCAGGGUAUUUAUGUGCUACAAGAUAACAAGUUCCGCCUGCUGACCCAACUGUCUGCUGGAAAACAGUAUAUGGAACAUGCACCGAAGUUCUUAGCCUUCACCUGUGGACUGGUCCGAGGAGCACUUUCAAACCUUGGUGUGAAAAGUAUAGUCACAGCAGAAGUAUCGGUCAUGCCUGCUUGCAAAUUCCAGGUGAUGAUCCAGAAGAUGUAAUUCACUACACAGAAGCGUAUUGCUUAUAACAUGUGCAUCUUAAUUUUAUUGCCUUGUCAUUUUUAUAUUCCCUUGCCCAUUUUAUUGUCACUAUGAUUGUUUUUUUAUUUGCAAUAACUUGCAAACUACUGGCAUUUAAAGUGAUUUGACAUGCAAAGUUCAAGCCUUAUUGUACUGUAUUGUGUUAGUAUUUUGACAUUCAUGAUUCUCUGUCCACAUUCACUGUUUUGAUUUGCACUGAUAGCAUUAAAGCUGAAA